AUGGCACCAGAUCUAGAAACAGCUGAGCCGAAAGCUGCCACGGAAACGUCCCAGCAGUCGCUCAUAUCAAAUCUCCGAUUGCGUCUUCCUGGUCAGACAGCCCCGUUCACUCAUCCAUUUGGGCAUCUCAAGUCGAUCGAAGGCACAAUUGUUGACUUUGACGGGUCUGAUAUUCGAGCGCGCGGCAAAUGGUCUCGGGCUUUUGUUCACGGGCACUGA